AAAGGAACAUUUGAACUCAAAAUGAUAAGAUGUCACUAUCGGUUUUGUGACGUCACUUCGAUGGCUUGUGUGGUAAUAAAACGUCAUAAUGCAAUUGAUUGGUAAAAUUUUAGGGUUUUGUUUUUUUUAUUGGGAUUAGACUGAAAUACAUUAUGUAGAUAUACGCCCCGUGUUUUACGGUGUAGUUGUUGUCUGGAAUGGGGAACGCUAACGGUACGGAUCGUAAGAGACGAAAAUGGAAAGAUAAAAAGAAGAUAUGCACUAAAGUAAGAAAGGAAUCAAAUCAAGAUGAUGAGAGAAGUUACCACGGAGAUAAAUAUGAUCGGUUAAAGCGAGCGUUAGCGUUGGAAAAGGAUGUACAUGGUAAGAAGCCCCGUUUGAAGAAAACUAAAGUAAGACGGGUUCAGAACGAAUCGGUUUGUUCGGACGAAAGCUCGGCCGCUAAAAUUAGAAACCGAAGAAAAAAUAAUCGACCUAAACGCGGGAAAGUUAAUAAAGAGAAGAAUAAACAAGACAAAUUUCAUAAACCAGAGGCUGUUGGUCAAAACCGAGCCAGCCAAUUUGAAAGGGAGUUUAAGAUGGGGGCCAAGUUAUCACCCAGUAAACGCUGCAUUAAAUGGUUGUGUGAGCAACCGAGUGUAAGUGACUGGUCAAAGGGGGCGACUCCUUCCACUGUAUCUGUGCAAUGUACGGCGGGCACUUCGAAGUAUGUGAAAUUGGCACUGCCAAAUAAAAAACGCGGAGAAAAUAGCGAGGGUAAAAACGUACCAGCAGCCAGUGGGAAACGGUGUAAAAAAGACCGCAUGCGAAAGGGUAAAACACGGAAGCGGACAGCGGGAAGUAAGAUUUGCCUAAGGAAAAACAGCUGUAUAUUUAAAAAAUCUGCGAAGAAAAGGAAGCAUAAGAAGAAACGUAAAGAUGUGAAUGUAAAGACUAUUUGCAAGGAGUGCGUUAGAAACAAGUGGAAAAGUCGACUUGAACAGACAAGAAAAAAGUCUAAAUUUAUCUACGAGAAGAAACAUAGGACCGGGCAUUACCUUAGCAGAGAAAAGGGAUCGACUUCGUUGGGAUGGGCGAUAUUACAAGUGAUUGCGCGACUGGAGAAUCACAAUAAAGCUUAUCCGUUAAAGAUAUUGGAACAGCUGAAGUCGAAAUGGAAAUUCACGGAGUUAAAUUUAGUUGGCUUGAACAGCGCAUUGGAGUGGAUGAGAAAACAUAAGUUGCUUCUGUGCAAAGUGACGAGAAACAGAGACGAUCAGUUUCAAGUAAACAAGAGUAACCCAUCGUUCGAGAAGCGACUGAAGAAACUAUGCAAGGAUGAUAAGCAAGUGCCCAGACUGCAGUUCCAAAGCGGUAUACCACACUGCGUGUCUAUCAACACACAACUCAAGCAAAAACACCACUUAAAAUAAACUGGCAACGCAGGAGAUCGUUUUAAGAGUCUAUAUAUACACCUAUGUGUGUGAAUUAGUUGCGGAACGGACCUUCAUGGUGUGGGCAGUUAUAAGUAAAGAUAUUACGCCCAUAGUUUCGGUGUAAAUUGUUAUUUUUGGUUGGUUGUUAUUCGGUCGACAGUUUUAUGCGAUCCGACGUAUUAUACCAUGGUUGUGAUUUACAAUUGGAAACUACACAUGAGGUAUACAUACAGUAUACAGCAUAUGACUAGUUAAUACAUGGAAACAG